GUUUUGUACUGUGAAGCGAGUGCAAGCCGAGUUGUUGCACUAGCCGACCCAAUGGUCAAUUCGAGGUCGAUAAGAAACGACCAAGGUCUAAGUAACUGGCCCUUUCCUCAGAACGAUCACCAUGCCUUCUCUCGAACUGAAAACAAACGCUGUUAUCCCUGAUCCCAAGUCGUUCGCGCUUGAGUUCUCCAAGGAAUCUGCCCGCAUCCUUGGAAAACCCGAGGCGUACAUUACUGUCAGUGUUACGCCUGUUCCCAUCAUGACCUUCGCUGGGACGACUGAUCCUGCUUUUGUCCUGCUCGUGACCAGUCUCGACAACAUCAACCCGGAGAAGAACGAACAGUACAGUAAAGAGCUCGCUGCUUUCUUGAAGAAAUCCCUUUCCUUGCCGGACGACAGGGGAUACAUGCAAGUCUUACGAGUUAAUCAUCUGAUCACUCAAAUCUCACGAUAAAUUUUCUUAGCACGUUCCUGGAUCCCGGAAGGGCACACUUGGGAUACAAGAGCACCACCUUUGCGACGAUCUUUGGAAAGUAAAGCAUCAUGAAACAGAAGUUGAAGUCUAUGCUGAAUCUGUAAUUGUACAAAUCAAAGUCGUUUGUCAGCAAUGCCAUCCAGGAAGAUCGUUCC